CUAACGAUGUACAAUCAUGUAGAUUAGGUAGCACCCCUGCUGGCUAAGUACUUUGCAGUCACAAGGAGGUCGCUACUCAUUUUGGAUAUUUAAUUAUUUAUUUAAUAAUGAAUGAGAAACUCACGAAACAUUUCAAGCUUAGCUUAAAUGGAAAUAUAUCUUAUACAAACGAUAGAAUUGGUUCAUUUUGCGAUAAGCACUCUCCUGUCGGCUAUGUCCAUGCCAAUAGCUUCAUGGAUUGGGUCGUUUCGCACCCGGUUCUCCUCUAACUUCAGAGUACAUGCAUUUAUUUACACAUCUAGGCCUAAAUCGAAGGGAGCUGAAACCGCAAAAGGAAAACUCUAGCUUGCUUUUUACAGUAAUGCUUUGAGACUCUAAAGUUAAAGAGAAAAUUGUGUAAACAGAACAAUAAUAGAAAUAAAAAAAUGUUAAACGAGGAGUCUGACAAUAGUGAUGUCGAGCAGCCGAUGGAGCCUGAUUUCCCUGAAGUAAGUGAGCAGUCAGAAGCCCAGAUGAAUGAAUUACCUGACAAAUCGAGGGAGCAGUACCAAAACACUUACAGAAAGUUCAACGAGUGGAAGGAAAUGAACAACAAGGAUUCACUAGAAGAGGGUGUAAUGCUGGAUUAUUUCAAUGAACUCGCCGGCAAAGUUAAACCCCCUACCCUCUGGACUCAGUUCUCCAUGCUCAAACACACCAUAAGCCUCUACGACAGAGUUGACAUAAAUAAUUUCAAGAAACUGAGGAAUUUUCUAAAGAAAAAUUCCGUUGGAUACCAGAGUAAGACGACUAAAGUUUUUACAUCUAAGGAAAUUGAGAAAUUUCUGAAUGACGCUCCGGACAAUCAGUAUUUACCAGAGAAGGUGGCUUUGAUAUUUGGAAUAAUUGGAGCCUGCAAGAACCAGGAACUCCUCAAUCUAACGGUUGAUGACAUCGAGGACGAUGGAACUAUGGCACUGGUCAAAAUUCCCAAGAACGAGAACAAUGCUGCACGUUCAUUCACAGUCUGUGGUGAAUUCUACAAGAUAUACAGAAAGUACGCAGUUCUUCGACCCAAGAAGGUCGACUACAAAAGAUUCUUCCUAAACUAUCGAUAUGGAAAGUGCUUCAACCAGGCCAUUGGUCACAACAAAUUCAGUAUUAUGCCGAAGCUAAUAGCUGCAUUCUUGAAUCUUCCCAAUCCUGAUGAGUACAAGGCCAACAGCUUUCGAAGGACUUCAGCAAUGUUGCUCGCUCAUUCUGGAGCUGAUGUUAAAACUAUUCAACGUCAUGGGGGGUGGACUCCCAAGAUCGCGAAGGACGUUAUUGCGGAGACAAAAAGGAAGCAGAUUGAAUUGUCGUCGAAAAUAACAAACGCAGUUUUUCUCAAACCAUCGACUAGCUCCAGUUCAAACACCAAUUUUGAGGGGGAAGGGUCAUCAGAGGGCUCAAGAAUAGCACCAGAAGCUAAACGUGGGGAUGAUCCACUGUUCAUUGACUGCAGCUCUGAUACACCAGAUGAAGAGCCUUCGGCAACUCCAGAUCUGGAAAAAUCACAGAACAGAGCUUACGAGAAAAAAGUCCCUCUUCCUGUCGCCAGUCAAAGACCUCCAAGUACGUCAUCAGCGAAAACUACGUAUCAGCCUGCAGUUCACUCGCAGUUGAAGACCCCACAAAAAAUUCUUAGUCUGAAGAUGAUCCCUCCGAAGGUUCAAAAACCACCUCAAAAGGCCGUCACACAACAAUCCUCAGAGGUCUGCCUGCGGUGGGGUCUCUAUCACACGAACAUGCAGAUGAGUUUCCCUUCCCUACUCAACUCCGAGGAGUUCGUUGACGUGACACUUGCAUGUGAAGGACAGUCCAUCAAGUGCCACAAAAUCAUCUUGUCUUCUUGCAGUGAUUAUCUAGCUACAUUGUUACGUGAAAAUCCGUGUCAGCAUCCCAUUAUCCUGAUGAAGGAUCUUAAAUUUUGGGAAAUCGAGGCCCUGGUUAGAUUUAUGUACAAGGGCGAAGUCAACAUUUCCCAUGACAAGUUGCCGGAGCUUCUCAAAGCUGCUGAUUCACUCCAGAUUAAAGGAUUGAUCAAUUUUAACAAGACAGAGAUACAAACCUCUUCGAUGUCGAGCCCACAACCACCAACCAUGAGCCCUUCCCCUACCACUGCUCAAAAACCAUCAGAAUCAUUAAAACAGCCAACUAAUCAAAAACGCGGUACAAAACGUCCGAUAGAAUCUAACGAUUCGAGACGAACGCAGCGCAAGUCGCUUCGUCAGGGCUUAGAAAUAAUUCCCUCACGGGCACCACCUCCCGAGAUAAAGUUGGAGGCCUUGGACUCCAACUUUUGCUUAACAGACGUAGAUAUUUUGCUACCGAGUAACGAUGACAGCUCAACCUCGAAUUACGAGAAUUUUACGGCUGGAAAUGAAGGGGAUCCAGGAGGGGAAGAAUCGCUGGACAGUAAUAUGCAAUUCGAUUUUCAUGAAUCUGAAAAUAUGGCUGAUGUUCACAUGGAUAUGGAGCUGACGGGAUGUCUCGGAGAAGAACACGAUGAGGAAGUUGAUGAUGAGGAUGAGGUAGAAAUGUCUGAAGGUGAUCCUGGUGAUGACGAUGAUGACGAGGUUUGGAUAGUUGAAGAUGAAACGUAGGAGACCGUUGUUUAACCUUCUGGUAACGAGAGUUCGAAAAAAUUUUUUAAUUAAAUAUUAAAAUUUAAUGGAACACAUGAAACAUGUUUUUUUUGUAUUUUGAUAAAUCAUUCAGUUGGAAUGGGGAACCAGUGAUUCUCCAGGACAAAAAAAUAUGUACAACGAAAUAAUCGAAGGACUAUUCAUCAAGAGAUUUUAGACAGCUAACAUAAUCAUGCCCAUUUAUUAUAAUUUGCUGCUAUGCAAUUUUAUAUGGAACACAUGUAACUUUUAUUUGCUCUGAGAGCAUAAAAACGCUUAUAACAUCUCA